UCCAAAGAUGGCAAAKUUCAAAAGAGCUGUUUUUACAGCAUUUAUACUUUUCAGGACGAUAUAUUGUCAUGCAAUAGACCCCUGYACUAACCACAAAGUUAUAAACGAUGUCUACCGCAGUACUAAGUAUCAGUUGCAGCCAGGAUUUGCAGCCAUAUGCGACGACAAACUUACGACUGGGUGGUAUAGAUUCAAGAGCAUUGUUGGUGGAAUGAUGCCGGAAACAAAACCCUCACCUAACCAUUGUGGGACUGUUGCACCUAUCUGGAUCAGGGAUACUCACCCAACAACGAAAGACCAAGAAAAAGUAGUGACGGCUUGUAUAAAUAUUCGAAAUAUGCUGGAUGGGUGUUUCUUGCGAGAGUCGAUUUCUGUCAAAAACUGUGGUGGUUUUUAUGUCUACAAUCUUAAGAGAAUUCUUGGGUGCCCAGCAGCUUAUUGUGCAUGUGACAAGAUGCCAUGCCCUAAAGGACAGGUUGGAAUUGUUCCGAAUUGUUCGGUUUCCAUCAUUGCACAUUUCCCUUCUUCGUAA